GGGACAGACACAGCACUGAUCACUUGUCGACCAACAACUCUGUAUGCACAAUGGCAGCAUCAAGCCCUCUGUCUGAGGCCAACACAGCUUUCUGCCUGGCUUUGUUCAAACAGCUGGAUGAAGACAAGAAGAGCAGCAACGUCUUCUACUCUCCUCUCAGCAUCUCCUCAGCCCUGGCUAUGGUGAUGCUGGGGGCCAGGGCCAACACAGCCACACAGAUGUCCGAGUGUCUGAAGGCUCAGGAUGAUGUCCAUGUCAAGUUUUCCAAGCUAAUAAAGGAGCUGAACAAGGCUCGAGCCCCGUACUCCCUCAGCCUGGCCAACAGGCUGUAUGGAGACCAAUCCUACCAGUUUGUUGAGGGGUUCCUGGCAGACACCAAGAAGCACUACGACGCAGAGCUGGAGUCUGUGGACUUCAAAACCAGCGCAGAGACAGCCAGGAUCAAUAUCAACAGCUGGGUGGAGAAGCAGACCCAAGAUAAAAUCAAGGACCUGCUUACCCCAGGUGUAGUGGACAGCAUGACCAGGCUGGUGCUGGUUAAUGCCAUCUACUUCAAAGGCAACUGGGACAGGAAGUUUGACGCCGACCUCACCAAAGAUGCUCAGUUUAAACUCAACAAGAAUGAAAACAAGCCGGUGAAGAUGAUGUACCAGAAAGCCAAAUUCCCUCUCACCUACAUCCCUGAGGUCAACUGCCAGAUCCUGGAGCUGCCUUACAAAGGGAAGGACCUCAGCAUGCUCAUCUUCCUGCCCAAAGAGAUGGAAGACGACACAACUGGUCUGGAGAAGCUGGAGAAGGAGCUGACCUACGAGAAGUUUGUGGAGUGGACACAACCACACAUGAUGGACACAGUGGAGGUUCAGGUGGGCCUGCCCCGAUUCAAGAUGGAGGAGUCGUACGACCUGAAAGACAUCCUCACCCGCAUGGGGAUGGUCGACGCCUUUGAUGUUAGAAUGAGCGACUUCUCUGGCAUGUCUCCGGCCAACGACCUGGUGCUGUCCCAGGUGGUGCACAAGGCUUUUGUGGAGGUCAACGAAGAGGGAACCGAGGCUGCCGCUGCCACUGGUGUCAUCAUGAUGAUGCGCUGCGCCAGGAUGCCCGACCAAUUCAUCGCAGACCACCCCUUCCUCUUCUUCAUCCAACACAAACCCAGCAUGAGUGUCCUGUUUGCUGGCCGAUUCUGCUCGCCUGCCUGAGCACUGCAGUGCUUUCUCAGCCAGGCAGUAUCUUGAAAAGAGGCUGAGAGUCACUGCUGCAGAGUGGAUGCACACUACAAGAUUUCUCUGGAACAUUUACAACCCGAGUUUCCGUCCAGUAUUUAUAAAACCAGGAUGCUGCCAGAAAGCCUUUGAGUGGAAACUGUGGUGUUGGAUUCUCUAAAAUAUCAUGUGGGUUAGUUAAAUUGUGGCUAAAACUUAUUAAAGAUUUGUAGUGUUCAUCCACUCUUACAUGGUUAUUUUUUUGUUUAUUGUGUGCCUUUAAUUAUAGAUAUAUAUGCUACUGCGCUGUGCAUCUUUUGCCCUGGAUUAUUUUUGUGUCCCACAGCUUUGCAUUCAUCCUCAGACCUCGCCCAGCUUUAUCAUGAGCUUCACAUGCUCAGCGCCCACUUCAUCUUAUCUCAUACAUGACCUGAGAUUUAAUGCUGGUUUCAACAGCCAGCAUAGCUGUUAACUGUAACUUUAGGCCAUGUAUGAAAAUAUCUGACACUGUAAUC